CGCGCUGCGUGUAUGGAGGAAGCAGCUGCUGAUCUGAUCUCUGACAUUGUGCGAGACAGACAUCUGAAUAAACCUCGCACGGACUUGCCUUUAAACACACCGCACCGAGGCACGCCGUGCAUGAUUGUAAACCUCUUUGAUUUAAUGGGUCCAAUCAUUGGGAUGUCACCAGAUAAGAAAACGGAAAUUCCGGGUAUGCAAGAGGAGCGGACGGGGCUCAGAGGCGUUUGUGGCGUGGGAACACUCCCUGAGGCAGAGUGUGCGUCCAGUCCGCUGGCGACCAGCGUGGAUCGUACUGGAGGUACCGAGGAUGAGGAGCUCACCAACCUCAACUGGCUGCACGAGAACCUGCUUCAGAACUUCACCCUGGGAGGUCCGGAAGCUCAGCCCAGCGGCAGUCCCCUCUUCGACAUAGAGGGAGACUACGGCUCCAACCAGGGCCCGUCGUCCUCGUCCUCGUCACACGGCAGAGGCAGGGAGCGGGACUCGUUGAAGUCGAAGCCCCCUUUCUCGUUUUCUCUCCUCAUCUACAUGGCCAUUGAGCAGUCUCCCAGCAAGUCUUUGCCUGUUAAAGAAAUCUAUGGCUGGAUUCUUGAGCACUUCCCUUAUUUUUCCAACGCACCCACUGGCUGGAAGAACUCAGUUCGUCACAACUUGUCCCUGAACAAAUGCUUCCGCAAGGUCGAGAGGAGUUUGGGAAAGGCCAACGGAAAAGGUUCUCUCUGGUGUGUUGACCCCGAGUACCGCCCCAACCUGAUCCAAGCCCUUAAGAAGCAGCACUUCCCUGCCGCACAUGCCUUCUGCACACCACCCGCCUCCCCACCCAGUGCCUCCUCGCCCCCUCGCCACCUCUUUCUACAAGGCUGCUCAUUCAAAGAGUCUGACAUUGAUGCUGCCACUGCCAUGAUGCUCUUAAACUCUGCCCCUGGGCACCACGUUGACCCAUGCGAUUCUGACGGCCCACUUGACCUCUCCCGACCCGACUCCGUACUGGUGAGCAGUGAUCCAAAGCAGGACCACAACUACAGCAGCGUAGCCCUGCAGCGCUGCUCCUCCCGUUCCUCCUCCUCGUCUCUCUCCUCCCUGGACGAAGGGGGCUGCGACCGCAGGCAGUCCCACCGCGCCGGCAGCGAGGGCUUCCACAGCGACGAGGACUCCGACCUCUGGGACGAGAGGGGCGUCCAACAGACAUCUCGACGUCCGCCCGCCAUCAAGUGGCCCGCCGGUAAGAGGGCACGACGUGAGGUCAAGCCAGAGCUGGACGAGGAGCUGAAAGAAGCCGCCGGGUCGUUGCUGCACCUCGCUGGUAUACGCAGCUGCACAGAGGGCUCCAAACGCACUGUCAAGAGCACAAAACUUAACAGGAAAUGAAGAUUAUUUUUGCCACCCCCCCAUCAGACUCCGGACCCUGUGAACCCUAACCUCUGACCCCUGAUCGUGUGUCCGAGUGUGCCUCCUUCUCCUUAUCUGAUCGUUCAUUGGCCAUUUUGAGCCUUUUUUUGUUUGGGAAUAUCCCUGUCCAACAAAACAAAUGGCAAUAGUAUCGUUCACACAGGAGAACAAAGCCAUAUAGAGACUUUUGUAACUCGGGGGUGACUGCUGGGGGUGGGUGUUUGGGCGACGGAGAACCAUCAAGAAAAAACCUAUCCAAAAUGACCUGCCUGCUUCUGUUGGAUUAGAAGAUUGUGAUUCAAGAAUUUUUUUCCUCUAAAAGACAAAAUGGGAAAAGCUGAAGGUUUUAUAACUCAAAGCGUUGCAUGCUUCCUCCUCAAACCUGUAUCCUCUUCCAAGUGAAUCUAUUUAUGAAGCGAAUGAGUGCAUGUUUGUAACAGACAAAACCUAACCUCCUGGUGUUAUCAUUUUCUCCUUUUCGUGCUAAAGAAAAAAAAAUGCCACUGUUUUGAAAAGGAAUUCCUGCUCCAUGAAUCCUCUUGUAAGAGAGAUGCAAUAAUUAUCCACAACCUUAACUUUUUUUAACUUCUAUUUCAUGGUGGCAAUUUUUCCGAGUUGAGUAUGCUAGUUAAACUUUACAAUUAAGAACAUGAAUGGAGUAGUACUAUUAUCUUGUUGUGCGAUAAACUCACACACAAGCUCUGGCUCUAAUUCAGGAUCAGCAAGAUGUGGAAAUAGUAUUACUCUGCCACUGCCAAAUUUAGUUGCAAAGUUAGCUAUACUACUGCGCUCAGUUUUAUGCGGCCAUUACAGUGCUAUACAAACGAAAGCUGUUUUUUGUUGUUUUUUUUGCAAAUCAACUGCUCAUCCUGUCGAUCCCCUUUGUUCAUCAGUGUGUUUUUGACAUUAAUUGUGCAGACAUAUAUUCACAUGUUUGGUGACGGCCUAUGCAAAGUGAACAUCUGCCCUGUGUUGCCAGAUGUUCACUGCCUGUUCAUAGGUUAUCCUCCAUAGAUUUAAUUUUAUUUUGUGUGUUCGUGUGUGUGUGUAUCAUAGUGCAUGUCGACUUCUGCCUAAACCUGAGAUGACGGUCAUGACAGAAAGAGUUUGAAAUGGUCGAACACUUUCUCCACUACUGACAAAGUAAUCAAUCUGCUCCGAUGAAUGUGAUUGGUGUAAUGACCGAUCUCCUUGCUACAGCUGUAUUGUAGGGCUGCUUGGUACUCCGCUUGCUUCUGGUCCUUUUGAACGCAGAGCUUGUUAAUAAUCAUAGAAAGGAGGGGACGGUAAAUUAACGCAACUUCUCGCUCCUUUAUUUGGGGUUGCAGUUCUCCUUGUUUUUUUGGAACCAUGUACUUUAGAAAAUUACAAAAAUUCUUAAGCUAAUUUUCUGUUGGCUGAUCCUGUGGCAAACUUAAUUCACAACUUGAGGGAGGGUGUGUCUGUUUGGGUCAGAUAAAUGAAAGGGGCGGAUCAUGGUGCAUAUUCAAAUGUAAAGAAUGAGAAGGGGACAGUACAUGGCCAAAGAGAACCGGAGGUUUUGAAGACCUCUGCUGCUCUUAUGUUGUGCCUACAGUUCUUCCCCCCGUAGAACAAAAUAAGGAAGUGCACGCUCUCUUCUCAAGCUGUGAAAUGGAGUGUUUAUUGUCGGUUGAUUGCAUGCAGUUCACUGAGGGGAAGUUGCGAGCCGCUUGUGUAAAAGGCCACAAUUCUCAUUUUAGCUUUUUAAAAAGGCUGUUUGCUGGCAGCGUACAAUACAAGGUAGCAUGGAAGCUCACAGGGGUAAUAAAACAGAAAAAUCAUAAUAUUUCUUCCCACAGCACUAGAUCACACGGUCACAGUGGCUGUUAGUAUAGCAUGCAUGGUCGGUGCCAAACAUUUUUCUUGUGCCACUGAUGUAAAAGUGCAAAGGGCCAUGGUAACUAUAUUCCACUGCUGCCACAAUGCAGUUGUGAAAGAAACAAUGCCCUAGUUUUUCUGAAUCAUCCGAACAGGAAAUGGGAGAGGACGCUGGUCCGUACAGUGACUUAACCAGUCUCUUGGGUUAUUUUUGUAGCUUUAGAGUGGGAACUGCUCUAAGCAGAGUAAGCUGCAGUUCUCAGAAGUAAUACUUGCAUACACUGGUCUUGUUUAGCUGUGAAAAAAAAGAACAAAUUAUUGUUCACUAAUCAUCACCUUAUUUAUGACAUUAAUUUAUGGGAUUAUUGAAUGCAUAGUCUAUCAAACACUGGUCAUUUGAGACGAAUGACUAGGCACAUUUAUUUUUCUCCCUCUGUGAACUCCACUUAUAAAGUAUUUUGUUUUUCUCCUCGUCUUAUUUUACAGCAAUACAACUUUUUUUUCUUUCACUAUGUUAUAGUGAUUAAGUAUUUUGCCAAUGUCUAUUGUCUUUAGAGCGGGUGUUUUAUUUUUUAUUUUUUAUCUAACCAUGACUGCCAGGUUUUCUUGAUGUUUUGUUUUGCUUUUUGUUAGGCUGGAUAGUUUUAUUAACACUGAUCCUGAAACCUUUUGUUGCCAAAAUUGAAGCACAGCUGGGGUAUUAAAUUUAAGAUGGACACAUUCCCGGUGUACUGCAAAAGUUCAUCAAUGAAGAUUGAAUCUUUCAUUAUUUUUAUUUUUACAUUUGCCUCAUGUUCAUGUUAAAAUAUUGUGACUAAGUUGCCACAAUUUGAAUUUUGGCUCUUAUUCUCAUCACAACUGCCACUCAUAACUCAUGCUUCCAGGUAUUGUUAUGGGAUGUUGAAAUGUUCAGAAUGUCAUUGAAAACUGGAUCAGACUCACAUGACAUGAGUCAGACCUGUUGAUGAGCCACCUAAACAUUUAGGCGUCUAACUCAAAACCCAGUUCCUUCAUUGCUCGACGGAUGUUAUUGAAUAUUGAUUAUGUGAUUCUCAAAAUUUCUGUUGCAGUUCCUAAGGGUAAGAUGAACAUUUCCAUUGCAUUUGACAAAGUUGCCAACCCAGUAUCAGUUUGUGUCAGUUGUCUGCCAUGUCUAUUGGACUGACACACCUUUUGGUUUUUGUAUGCUAACCUCUGUUGAUAAAAUGUUUAUAAGAUUUAUUUUCGCCAAAGAUAUGCAAUUGCAUUAUAUAUGGUAUUACAAAAUAUUAAUAAAAACCUGUUC